AUGACCGCGAGUGCCAUUGGCGCUCCGUAUACUCCGGCUACGUGGUCGUCGACUCGGAGCGCGCGUUACAAAUGCGGCGUGGAACUGGGCUCACCGGAUGCAAGCUCAUGCAGCCGCCCCUGGCAAGUCGCGCAGUCCUCGGACGACAUCUCCGAAAUCGGCAACACGGGGCUCCCGUUCGACAUCUUCUAG